AUGGCGGAGCAGCAGAAGAAGCUACAGGAUCUGACCGACGAGUACCAGAAGCUCCAGGGCGAACUGCAGAGCACGGUCGAUGGUCGCCAGAAGCUCGAGUCGCAGCAGCAGGAGAACAAGGGCGUUCAACAGGAGUUUGAGAAGAUCGCCGACGAUGCCAACAUCUACAAGCUUGUGGGGCCCGUGCUACUGAAGCAGGACAAGUCCGAGGCUGUCCUUGCUGUGGUUGGGCGCCUGGAAUUUAUUGAGAAGGAGAUAAAGCGCAUCGAGGGACAAAUCAGCGAAAUUCAGGAGCGCAGUGAAAAGAAGAAGAUCGAGAUUAUCACUCUGCAGACUGAGAUGCAGCAGCUGCAGCAGCCUGCCGCCGCAUGA